AUGGGAGCGAGAGCUGGGCCCGCGACGGGCAGCGAGAGAGCAGACGGUGGCGCGAGCGGGGCGCCGAGCGCGGUGGGCAGCGAGAGAUGGGAUCAGCGCGGGGCGACGGGCGAGGGGGCGCAGCCGAGAGGGUGCAGCGCGCGAGAGGGGAGAGAGCGCGGGGCGCUCAGAGGGGCCGAGCGAGAGGGGGCGAGACGUCAGCGGGGACGAGAGGCGAGGGGCGCGCGAAUUCGGGGGGAGAGCGCGCUGGCGCAGCGCGCGCGAAGGGGGCGCGCGAGCGGGGAGAACGACGAGAGGGCCGAGCGCGAGAGCGGGGCGCGCGGAGCGAGAGGGGCGAGCGCUAAGGGGGCGCGCGCGCGUGGGAGAGAGCGGGUAGCUGGCGAGCUGGGCGCUAGCGGGGGAGACGCGCGCGGGGCGCGAGAAGAGGCCGCGCGCGAGAGAGGGGCGAGCGCGGGGCGGAGAGCGCGGGGGAGAGAGCGUCGGGGCGAGCCGCGCGGGACAGCGAGCGAGAGAGGGGGCGCGCGACUCGGGGCGACGCAGCUUCGCGUGUCGGACAUUUUAGAGAUAUUUGAGCUGAAAGCUUUGGAUCACACUGUGCUGGACUAA